AUGAAUAUCAUACAUUCGGAGAUAGCGUACGCCCUGCUGCAACCGCUGAACAAUUUGGACGGCUUCGUGGCUCCAAAUAAUUCUGCGAUGCUAGCUUUUGAGAACAUUGAUUUGAGCUACGGUCGCUGGGACAAUCAGCAACUGUACAGAAUCAAGGACUUCGCUUUGUUGGGCGAGCAGUACAUGGACGCCGAUGCCAGUUUGGUUUGCCUUGCAACUCAGACUUCGGUAGAGCGCCUCAAUUCGCUGCCCCAGGUGGCUGCCAAUUGGCAGGGCAAGAUGUCCGUGGCGGUUUUUGCGGCUGGACAUGAGGAAUUCGUUGUCCUACAGUAUUUCGUCACCUACAUGCGUCUGUGCUUUGCCAACAUUCGUGAGAAUGCCACGUUUCAUUUGCUUACGCCAAAGGACUACGACAGGUUGCCUCGAGUGGCGGCUCUUCCCCUAAACAUGAAGGGCAAGUUCGACUGUCAGUAUCCGGAUAGAACGCUGAAAUCCCUGCUCAAGUUUCGCUCCCUAAAAACGCUCCAGUGGCGACAGAGGAACACCUAUCCCCAGAACCACAUGAGAAAUCUGGCGCGCAAGGGCUGUCAGACGAAGUACGUCUUUCUAACAGACAUCGACAUUGUUCCCAGCAUGAACAGUGUUCCGCAGCUGAACCAGUUCUUUAAAACAGCUAAUUGCUCCAAAAACUGUGCCUACGUAAUCCCCACUUUCGAGAUAGACGUAAGAGCCACGUUUCCCCGUUCCAAAAACGCUCUGAUGCGAUUGAUUAGAAAAGGUUUGGCAAGACCAUUUCACGAGAAGGUCUUUAUCUACAACCAAUAUGCGACAAACUUUUCCAAGUGGCUGUCUACAAACACAAAUGAGACGGAGGUCUCAGUGAGCCAUAUCGUAACGAACUUUGAAUUUCUAUACGAACCAUUCUACAUAGCUGUAGACAACGCACCAGCGCACGACGAAAGAUUUCUGGGCUAUGGGUUCACCAGAAACUCCCAAGUGUAUGAGAUGCAUUUAGCUGGCUUUCAAUUUUAUGUUUUGUCUCCUGUUUUUACCGGGCAUUGGGGAUUGCAAAGGAAACAGGCGAGACCUGCUUGGCGGGAGCAGCAGAAUAAUGCGAAUCGCAGGAAGUUCGAUGUUUUCAAAAGCGAAAUAUUUGUACGAUACAAAAAUGAUCCACGCUUGCUAUUGAAAUCCAAAAAUAAUCAAAUCUUAGUUAAAUAAAAACAAUAUGUGAAUAGUA